CAAUUAUCCAUGGCUAAAUCCAGAUGGAAAACAGAUACCUCUGAUAGGAUUGGAUCCCUACCAGACAACCAGAAAGCCAUUUUGUACUCGCUGUUGUGUUAUGACGGUAACAAAAUCAGCUGGAGGGACAGUGACCAAUGGUUGUCAACACUUAACGAUAUCCGGGAAAAACUCUUUGAUGCCGAAAAUGUGUCUGUAACGGAUACAAAACAUGAUAUCGACAAAUUAAAGAGCAUUGAGUUAAUACAAAAUAACGACCGACAUCUAAAUAUUACCUCUAAAAAGUACGUUGAGGAUGUUAUGUACGAGUUCGGGAAGAUCACAGAAUCAAAGUUAUCUAACCACAGUUACAUGUUGACUUUGUUUUGUAUGACCAUAGUGAGGGAUUACUGCACGACCUGGUAUAUGUUUAGAGAUUCAAAACAUGUUUAUGUUCAUUGUUUUGGUGAUCUCUAUCCCUCCCUGGUGUACCGAUUACAGAUGGACAUCCUCAUCCACCCAACAAUAGAGGACGAGGACGUACAGAGCGCAGCGUCCUGGAUAUUAAACAUACCAACGGAAAAACUCCAAUCAGACGAAGUAAGAAAACAUGUGUACAGCGAUCUACGUCGUGAGAUAGAUAAAGGAGAUAUAACGAAACUAGGAGCAGCGAGUUGGACCAGGAUGACCAGAAAGGAGGAGGGUAUAUACGGGCCCGAGACUGUGUACGAGCUGAGACCUCAGUGUGCCAGGUCCACCAUUGGACAACACGACCACAAUGACAUCUUUAUAAUGGAAGGAGAAAUGUAUGCUGUGAAAGAUGAGUUACCUACUUCUAACAGAGACUCUGAGGAUCUAUUCGUUGUUCUGCUAUCGGAUAGAUUCAGCGUUUCCUUUGAUAAUCGGUACAUUUUUAACGGUAUAACUGAGAAAUCGGAAGAUGUAGUUCACUUCGUCUCCGAUAAGAUUAGACAUCGAGUCAUGCAGUCCUAUGUAGUGAAGAAACUGCUGACUGAUGAUGACAUGAAGAACUUUAUCAGAAAGGCUUCAGUAGAUUGUCUGAUGGAGUACGGACGUCCUUGGUGUUACAGGAGGAAGAAAAAAGAGCCAUGUUUGUUCAUCCCUGCGGACAUGGAAGAACUCUACUUCGAGAAACUUGGAUGUGAUGUAAUAAAGUAUGUGUUGCUUGAUGAUGAACGUCUGAAGUCGACAGUAUGGGAGGAUAUUUCAAAGAGGCAUGACAUCCCCUUUGACCUAUGCAUACAGAGUAGGGGUUUACGGAACCGGUUUGUGGAGUAUGUACACAAAAAAAGAGAGGAACAGAGAGACAACCUACAAUCCUUGAAGUAUAUGUAUUCUGCUUUUCUUUUCCACAAAGAUGGAUGCAAAUCAGCAGAAUGCAUAAAGGAGAGCAAUUGGCCAAUCCUGCUGACAAUUUUAACAUCAAAAGGGUAUAGAAUAAAACGUCCAAGUAAAACUGACAUCAAACCAGUACCACAGGUCGUGAGAAAGUAUUUGAGAAUUACCGAUAUCGAAUACAACGAUUCAUUGAAGCGAAUUAAAUCAAAUAAUUCUGUUUUCAAAAUCACUGGAAAAUAUAUCGAGUUUGCCUCAUCUGGAAUAAAACAGGCAGUAAUGUCAAAAUUUGUUGAAAGCUGCCUGAAAUCUGAUAAGGACCUUCUGACGUACAUUGAAACGUCUUCAACCGACUCGCUAAUGGAGUACUGCAGGCUUUGGAAUUAUAGGAGGGAUGAGGGGGAAGCAUGUCUGUUCAUCCCCGAAAAAAUCAAGGAUGAGUACAUCCAACGUUUAAAGGAGGACGCUGUUAUCCAUGUGAUGGUGGAGGAAAGAAAAGACAGUGACGGCAGACAGACAUACAGAGACACAAGGGAUAUGAUAUCAAAGCUACUAAACAUUCCACUGGAAGUGAUGUCUUGGGGCAUAGAUGAAAGACGGCGAUACAUAACACGUAUUGCACAAGAGGGAAAAAGAAAAUGUAUCGUGCUAGAUGUAUGAUUGUCGGGUGUACCGGUGCAGGAAAGACAACUCUUCUUAAAAAGCUUCAGAGGACAGAUACAACAGCUAAACACCAGCCUACAGAGACAACUUCAGGCCUAGAGAUUCAUGAACAUUUGUUUCAAAUUCUAUCCGAUAAACUAGACGGUAUCCCUUCAUUUUCUUUGUCCCUUUAUUUCAAUAAAAUCAAGUACGUGAUUGUUUAAUGAAAGGCGAAGAUAACGAACAGUGAACAGUAUAUACAUAUAUAUUUUAUAUAUCACUUUCUAAUUAAACAAAAUUCGCGUCAUCUCAUAGAUUUCCACUUAUUUUUGUAUAAUUUCCCUUGAAAAUCAUUUCAAAAUUUUAUUGAUUUCAUUGGUUCUACCUUGAUUAAGUUUCCUUCAAUAAUAUGUAUGAGUUUGUGCUUAAUAAGAUCAUAAACACAAGUCACCUGGUCUCCAUAGUGACAAACAGCUGAUAAGCAUGACAGAUUUUGCUGGACAAGUGGCGUACUAUGCCUGUCAUCAGGUUUACCUGUCAAGGAGAGCGUUUUAUCUACUAGUUGUUGAUAUGUCCAAAGACCAGAAUGAUAAAGCUCAUGAACACAACACGGAACGUCAUGAUCCAGUAGGGUCUUUGUUUCAUCACUGGACAUACAAAGACUAUUUCACGUUCUGGCUCCAGUGUAUACAGACCUACCGUGAUGAUGGAAACAGGCGAACUCUUGGCAAACAAACAGAGACAGUUGAUGGUCGACACCCAGUGAUUCUUGUUGCGUCACAUAAGGAUAAAGCCAAACCGAACACGUUCCCUACAUUUGCAUUCUUUGAAGAAUUGAAGAGCUCUUUACCACGAAAUCAAAUUCUUCAGCAUCUUCUUUCACCUGACAGAUACUAUGAAGUUGAAUGCCCAUCAGGUCCAUUAUUUGAUAAACAAGAAAAAAUGAUUGAAAAAGUAAGAGAGUGUGUUGUUCAAAAUGUCCAAGGCUUAUAUCACUGGGGCGAGGAAAUACCCAUAUCGUGGGCGAAAUUUGAAGAUAUCCUUAAGAACAGAAAGGAAGAAAGAGUUUUGGAGAGAUCGACUUUGAAGGGACUAGAAGAAUUACGCAUGUUAUCCAAAUCAGAUAUCGAUGAUAUGCUUCAAUUUUUUCAUGAAAUCGGACAAAUCAUCUAUUUUGCGGAUGAGAAACUGAGAGAUGUGAUUGUAAUUGAUGUCCAAUGGUUUGUUGAUGGAUUCAAGAAUAUUAUCACAGACCCAAAACAUCUUGCACAUGAAACCGAUGAAGAUGAAAUAAAAAGAGGAAGAAUUUCAAUGUUGAUAUUGAAGAGAAUAUGGAAGAAAGAAACUGAAAAACCAUAUAUUCCACAUAUGAAUUCUAUUCUACCCUACAUGGAAAAGCUAGGUUUAAUGGUUGAAAUGAAAACAAAGAAAGGUCAGAAUACUGAGGACAAAAAGUUCUACAUCCCAAGUAUGAAUAGAGUAGACAUGCCUUCUGAGGCGGUAGACACAAUCAACGCUGGGCAAAAGACGUCAAUCCUCAUAUUCCAUUUCAAGACGUACCUACCGCAUUUCUUCUUCUUCCGCUUGGUGGUUCGUUGUUUUAAAGAAUGGGAUGUUCUUAGGGAAACAAUGUUUUACAAAAAUGUCACCUUUUACAAGAAGAAAGAUCAUUGCAUCGCCAUUACUGUUAACAAAACAUCAAUCCAAUUACAAGUCUUCACACGAAGUCGGGAAAUAAACCUCUCCAGCAAGCGCGUCAUGAAAAUCAGGAAAACAACGGAAAAUAACAUCUGGGAAAUAACAAAAACUUUCCACAAACAAGUUAAAUUUGACAGAGGGUAUUCUUGCAAAAGUAUCAAGAUCGGGGAUGAAGACCAAGGCGACUUUUUUCUGCAAAGCGAAAUUUUACCGGUAAAAAAAGAAACUCCAAAUGUGCAAUGCCCUCUGCAUGUAGAAAUCAAUCAAACUCACGAGAUUGACACGUACAAGCUGCUCCGAUUCUAGAAUAGCGAAGUAAUGUAAUUCAAACACAAAAAAUACGGAAGCAAGUGGUGAAAUUUCAUAAACAGAUAAUGUGGACUGUCUAUAUGAACAUCAGUAUUUCUGCCUCAUCAAAACUGACAGUUCUGAUUCCUCGGUGUUUGCAAACGAAAAACUAUUCCGAAGUGACGAUGAGUACAGUGUUAAGAUUUUUUCAGCAUUCUUGGAAAAGCCGUCUGCAUGCGUACUAUGCUGGAAAUCAGUAUUCGCUUCAAGCAUGUUUAUGAUGAAAAUAUUACUACACCAUUCCAAUUUCUAAUUAUGAUUAUGGAACACAUUAACUAUAUUGAAAAUAUAUAUAAUUAUGAUUAUUUUUGUGAUAUACAUUGUAUAUCGAUUUUGAUAAAGAUUUUACAUAUCUAAGCAUAAUUUAUCAAAUCUGGGAUGUUAUUCCCCUUUUUACUAAAACAUGUCACUGAAUUGUAGAUAUUUAUUUCUAGGAAAGUGCAUAAAUAUAAUCGACAUUUUCUUUAAUCGUCAUUGUAAGCUACGGUGUGCAUAUGUCAUGUCUACGCAAAGAUGAAGAUAACGAACAUUAAUCAGUUUCAUAUAUUUUAUAAAAAAUACAAAAUUAGGAGUAACGCAAGCCGAACCCCCGCAAACAGACAAGAAGAGACCGGGUGUCUUGGAGGCGUAACACCAUGUACAUACUGAAUUUAGAACAUAUUUCUCCUUUUAUACGUGUUUUGGGGAUCGAUAUUUGCCCUAUUCUGAAUGUGUUUAAAUUUCAUAGCAUUCAUGAGACUGUUCACUGUUUGUUUCACUUUUGACUUAUUCACUGCUUACUAUCCUUUCUUUUACAUAUAUCUAUGCUUGUCAUUUUUAUUUUCUUAUUUCAAAAUGUAUUUUGAAAGAUCAAAUUGAAUUUUCGUCAAAGAUAACUUUUACGAGAACUUAUCGAACUCUUUACUACUAUGUUAGAACAUCGGAAAAGGAAAUUCAAUAUUCGGUCAUCUAAUCGAUAUAUUUAGAUUUAUUCUAACUUGCAUCACGACUGAUUUCUUAAUGAAAAUAAAAUUCAGUUCAUGGUUGGUUGUGACGUUUUGAAUUCCUAUACUCUGGACCUAUUCACGAUGUUUGGUAUGUAAUUUGCUAGUAUACAUAUAGUGUUCAAAUCAUUUUCUGGUUUCGUCACAAAGAAUAUAUGUUCAAGAGUUUUCCUAUAUAUCCCUAUACAAAAAUGUGACCCUGUUUUAUGGACCUAUCCCGCCACCGGGGAACUUUCGUUAAACAUAUUAAGUUUACAUUAAUUGCGGAUGCUUAUGAAUAACUCAUUUUCCACUUUGCCCUGUUGUUCUUGAGAAGACCAUUUUUUAAUGAAUCUAUCACAUUUUCAUUAUUCCGUAGUAAUCUUAUUCAUAUAUUAAUUUAAUUCAACUUUGGUGCAUUUGACUGAUAUUUGUUUUGCAAACCAAUGUGGCAUCUUCGCAUGAGCCAACUUUCGUAGGCGAGUGGUGUGAUUCACUCGUCGCCUGUCUGUUCCUUUUGCAACUGCGUUUCAAAAUCACAGAUUGUAUGUUUUACAAUUGACAAUAUUCCAUGAAUUACUUGACAUUAUCACCCGAUAAUUGAAACUACAAAGGAUAUUCGUUUCUAGGUUACAUGAUUGGUCGCCAUCUUCACGUUUCCAUGUAUAUAAUUAUAAUUGCUGGUUGUAUUUUAGCCGAGUACAUGUACAUACAAGCUUCUGUGUCUGCAUUCGACGUAUUGGCAUCAAGCAUUUUCGUCAGUAAAAUACUUAUCUAUUUAGAAAAUUAUCAUUGUACAUCUUUUUAUGAAUACAAUUUGACAUUGGUCCACAUACAUGCUUUUGAUUCUGCAUUUUGUAAUGGUACUCACUGGGUUCCUGCACCAGUUAUGUCAAAAUUAAUAUACCUAUCAAUUAGUCCAAAAUAUGUUUUACAGUAAAAAAGAAAGAAAACCAAAUUAAGAGGUUUUGGUAAAAAAAGAAGAAGAAGGGAGUGUUCAGUAUGAGAGCAUUGGGGCGUUGAAAGGGAAAUACUAAGCUGAUGUAGAUACCACUAUCGAAGUAUGUUGAAUCUGUGGACGCCUUGAUUAUCAUGGAAACAUAGAUUUGUUCUUUUUGAUUUAUUAUCGCUUAAUAAAUAUCGUCGCUUAAUAAAAUUGCCACAAAAUUG